AUGCCGGGACGCGAGGUGCAUCCCAACGUCUACAGUUAUAGUGCUGCUAUCAGUGCCUGUGAGAAGGGUGAGCAAUUGCAGCUUGCCCUGGAAUUGUUUGAGCAGAUGUCUUUGGCACAGGUCCCAGCGAAUGUGAUCAGCUACAGCGCGGUGAUAAGUUGCUGCGAGAAGGUAGGGCAAUGGCAGCAGGCCUUAUGUUUCUUCGAAAAGAUGCUCUGGGCCAAGGUUGAACCGAACCAGGUGAGUUUCAAUGCCGCCAUCAGCGCUUGCGAGAAGGGUCGUCAGUGGCUCCUGGCGUUGCAGCUGAUCUUCCAGAUGCCGCAGAAGCAGAUCUGGCCGGAUGUGAUCAGUUUCAAUGCGGCCAUCAGUUCUUGCGAAAAGGCGCUACGAUGGGAACAUGCCUUGUAUGUCUUUGCGCUGAUGCCAACGAUGAAGUUGCAGCCCGAUGUGGUGAGUUUCAGCGCUGCCAUCAGCUCCUGCGAGAAGAUGGGGCAGUGGCAGCAGGCCUUACAGCUCUUCUCUCAGCUGACGGUUUCGUGUUCCAACGACUUCAGUUUCAACGCGUUGAUCAGUUCAUGCGAAAAGGCCGGCCGCUGGCAAGAAGCUCUGCAUCUGAUGUCGCUGAUGGUGCAGUCCUCCGUGCGACGAGAUCAGAUCAGCUUCAACAGUGCGAUCACCUCCUGCCAACGGCUGAAGCAUUGGCCGCAGGCGCUCCAGUUGUUUGAAGAGAUGAAUUGCUGCCACAUCCAACCAGAUAUCAUCACGUACUUUCUGGCGAUCAGCUCCUGUGAACGGGGAGGUCGUUUGCAGCAGGCCUUGAUGUUAUUCGAGGCAUCGAAAUGCCAUGUGCUUUCGAAAUUAGUUGAAUCAACCUCAGGGUUGGCAAAUGUCCCAUGA